AUGAAAAUCAAUAUCGAGAUUAUUCUUAUCUAUAAUAUACUCAGAGUGAUUGGUUGGAUUCAAGUAAUUAUAUUUUUAGUUUACCAAACAAGUUUAGAACUUGAAGAUAUCACAACAAUUACAAAUUUAGUAAGAUGGUUAAUAUGGGCAAAGAUGCUUGAAAUAAUAUUUAUUAAGCCUAAUGAAAUUUUUGAUCAAAGAAACUUUGUUAAAUAUUAAUCCUAUCUAACUAGACUUUUAUGUGUAUAUUAUUUAAUGACUCCUGGUUUAUGUUUUUGCUCUUUUAGAAAUACUAUAAGUGGUUGGGCAAUUUAAGAAAUUUUUGAUUCCAUUUAUCAUAUAGGAUAAUCUGAUCUUACAACAUAAAUAAAAAAUACUCUAACUUACUUCUUAAUCCCUUACACUGCACUAGGAAUGUUUAGAAUAUUAAAUAGAGUUAUUGAAAAAAAUAUGGAUAAUAUUAUAAUUUAUAGGACAAUUUAAAUUGUGCUCAUUCUCUUUGCAAUGCAUCACUUAUACUUCAAUUUCAAAAAUAAUAACAUAAAGAAAUUUAAUAAAUCCAAAUUAAAAAAAAAUAUAUGA